GAUCAGCAGUGAAUAUACGCUAGCAGCUAUAACAAUACCUUUUUGUCUACGAUAUCACCUUAGGUGGAAGUGGACGUAAAACCCCAGAAACGAACGAACGAACGAACAAUACCUUUGUCAAACAGAUUAAAAGAUAACAUAAAAAGAAGUGGGAUUUUUAUCUUUUAAAUCAACAUUUAUUCAGGAUAAUGGAAACUGGUGAUGUUAAAACCCUUCAUCAAUGUGUUGUAUGUGAUCAGAUCUUCCAGCAAUUUGAUGAUUUAGAACAACACAAUAAAAUACACGUAAAAGAAGAGAAAACAGAUGUUGUAGAGAAAUAUUGUCAUGUUAAAGAAGAGAAAACUGAUGAUGUAGAUGAAUAUUGUCAUGAUAAUGAAGAAAGAAAUGAUGUCGAGGAACAUUGCCCUGUUCAAGAAGAGAAAACUGAUGAUGUAGAUGAAUAUUGCCCUGUUAAAGAAGAGAAAACUGCUGAUGUAGAUGAAUAUUGUCAUGAUAAUGAAGAAAGAAAUGAUGUCGAGGAACAUUGCCCUGUUCAAGAAGAGAAAACUGAUGAUGUAGAUGAAUAUUGUCAUGUUAAAGCAGAGGAAACUAAUCAUAAAGAAUUAUGUGCAGAAUCUGAAAAAAACGUUGUUUCUAAAACAAAUAAAAAUUUGCCAUGUGGGGUGUGUGGUAAAAUAUUUCAACGAAGGAAUUAUCUUCACAUUCAUAUGAGAAUUCAUACGGGUGAAAAACCUUAUAGAUGUGGUGUUUGUAAUAAAUCAUUCAGGGAUAAAGUUGGUCUACAGCUACACACGAGACUUCAUUCCGGUGAUAAACCUUAUAAAUGUGGUGGUUGUAGUAAAUCAUUUACUCAGAGCAGUAUUCUACAGAUACACAUGAGAAUCCACACAGGUGACAAACGUUAUAAAUGUGAUGUUUGUGGUAGAUCAUUUAUUAACGGCAGUUCUCUACAGGCACACAUGAGAAUACAUACUGGUGAAAAGCCAUGUCUGUGUCAUGUUUGUGGUAAAUCUUUCUCUACGAUUGGCGGUCUACAGUCACACAUGACAACUCAUGCAAGGGAAAGACCGUAUAAAUGUGAUGUUUGUAGUAAAUCGUUUAUUCAGCAUAAUCAUCUAAAAACACAUAUGAGAAUACAUACAGGCGAAAAACCGUUUCAGUGCGAUGUUUGUGGUAAAUCAUUUACAUUGAGUUCUACUCUUCAAAACCACUCGCAUAUUCAUAAAGAAAAAAAAACUGAUCAGUGUCAGGCAGAAUAUAAUUGCAAUAUUUGUGGUAAAUCAUUUGUUUGGAGAACAGGGCUACAGAAACACAAGAUAACUCAUACAAGAGACACACCUUAUAAAUGUGAUGUUUGUGAUAAAUCAUUUAAGCGGAGUAGUAAUCUACGACAACACGCGAUAACUCAUACCGAUAACAAACGUUUUAAAUGUGGUGUAUGUGGGAAAUCUUUUGGCCAGAAAUGUACUCUACGAGUGCAUGAAAGAUUUCAUACUGGUGAAAAACCUUAUAAGUGUGAUGUUUGUAGUAAAUCUUUUUCUGAUAGUAGCGGUCUUCAGCAACACGGGAGAACGCAUACCGGUGAGAAGCCAUAUAAAUGUGAUGUUUGUAAUAAAUCAUUUACAAGAAUUAAUAAUGUUAAAAGACACAUGAAACAACUUCAUACUCGAGAAAAAAACUUACAAGUAUGAAUUUUAUAAUUUUAUAAUUUUAUAAUUCCAACUGCCAGGGGAUCUAUUACGUGUACCCCACUGUAUACACGGAUCAUCGAUUGUUCGUACCAUUCGAACGACUAGACACCUGUCCUUGUCGAGUCCUCCGACCUGCACCACUGACAAGUUGACACCUUGCCAGAAAAUCCCAAUGAACUUUCUCGGCCUAUCGAACACACAACCUCCAAGCUAGCAAGCUGGCGUCUCACCCACUUAGUGAAGGUCAUACAUAAAACCGUCUGUCAUUAUGUACAUUUUUUUCAUUGAUUAUUAAUACUGGAGAAAAAAACCUUACAAAUGUAUUGUUUGUAGAAAAUUAUUUUCUAGAUUAACAUAAAUAUUCAUACUGGAAAAAAAAACCCCUUACAAAUGUGUUGUUUAUUUUCUAGAAUUAUUAAUUCAUACUGGAGACUGGAGUGGUAAAUCAUUUACUCAGAGUAGUAAUCUACAAAUACACGUGAGGAAAAACUCUUUUAAAUGCAAUGUUUGUAGUCAAACACCUUCUCUAGAAACACAGCAAGACUUCAUACUGAAAAAACCCUUUUAAAUGUGAUAUUUGUAGUAAAUCAUACACUCAAAAUCGUAGACUAAAAAAAAGCCCACAAGGACGAAUACUCUUUUUGUAUGUUUUGUUGCCGAGUGAAUGGAAAAUAACUAAAUUCUUAUGUGGUGGAAUGUGUAUUUUACAUGUAUUUAUUGGUGAAUGGAAAUAAAG